AUGGCCUACUCGUCGCGACCAACAUCCAUGCUUCCUGGCGGGAGUCGUCAGCCCCAGCCAUCAUCAGCUCUAUCCACUCGCAUUGCUGCCAAAAAAGCCGAGCUUGAGAAUCUCCGCCAAUUGCGCGAUUUGAGCGGCACCCUCGCUAUGCAAAUGCAAGCUCUUGAGAGUAAGAUAGCCACGUUGAAGGACGGAACCGAAGCCGUUGCAUGCGUUCUUGCCAAUUGGGACAAUGUCCUCCGAGCUAUCAGUCUCGCAUCCAAGAAAGCUGGUGGGCUGCAUGACCCGGGUCAAGCCGAAGAUCCUCCGAGCUUGCCAGCCACCUUGGUUCGCAUCCCUGACCAAAGCUGA